UUAGGUCGCAAGUCGCAAGUCUUGCUGGAGUCUGGAGUGUCUGGACAUAACAGUCGAAUUUUCCGCAAUUUGGAACGACUGUUAUCGUGUAUCACAUUUUAUACAGUAUUAAGUCCACGCGUAAGCGAUUAUGGCGACCAAAGUCACGUUCAAAAUAACUCUCACGUCCGAUCCCAAUCUGCCAUAUAAAGUGUAAGUGGCUGCUUAAAAUAAAAACGGUGUCUUAGUCGUAGAAUAACAAUGCAGGCCGCCAGCUCUGACAUUUUUAAGACCAUCGACGCGUUCCUCGCGCUGCUGCAGAGCCCAACUGUUAGCGAACAAAUUACUGUAGAAAAUGCGACGCAAGCUUUCAACUGUGCUCACUUCGUCGAGCUCACCGUUGCCAAGGUGCAGGCCGAGGACAAAAAGUUGCCUUUUGAGAACUGCUUACGUCGGAAGCUAGAGCGAAAGUUAUCUCCGCAGAAUCGGGACGUUACGUGCUCCGAUCUGGAAAAAGCUUGCGACAAAUUGUUAGAAUGUUAUUUGAAGGACAGUCUUAUUUCCACAGAGAUAGUAGACGAGUAUCUAAAACUGUACACCCAACAUCUUGGACAAGACAGAUUAAAUGCUUUCCUGAACGAAACGAUAGGCAGCUCCAUGGCCACAAACAUAGUUAUAGAAUGUUUAGGAGAGUUAGGAGUACCGUUGUCUUGCAUGGAAGACGAGGCGUUAAUUAUGACAUGGCAAAUGGCGAUAGCUAAUGGCGAUGAGGAUGAAGUAGCGGAAUGCAUAGAUAAGAUGUUCAAUGACGGUCACGUUUCGAGAUUGGUACACUUAACGGUUGAGUCGCACGAUGACACAAUUAAGAAAUUAGUUGUACAAGCUUUCAGCACGAAACUAACUGACUACGAUCCUGAGAUAUGCGUAGCUUUAGCAGAUACCGAAAAGAAACCACUUUUGAAAUUACUUCAGGACAGCACCCAGUUUUAUGUAGAUUUCCUUGACGCGAUAUUCUACUUUGGCCGAAACAUGCAUCUUGUAGAUGGAAAGUGGUGCUCAAAUUUUAAAUUCGAGUACAAACAUCUCUGUCAGAUAGUGAAAAUUUUAUUUAACGGUCCUCGCAUGAUUCGCGAGCAAGCAUACAAUAGAAUGUCCACUGUUAAAACUCAACCAGGCAGUGAGAUAUGGAGUAACGUUGAAGCGGAUAUCUUGAAUUGAUUUUCCAGAUUUGAUAUGUUUUAUAAUAUAAAUUAUACUUUGUAUCGUUCUGUAAUGUGAUUUUUGCAAAAAAAGAAAAAGAAUAAAAAUUGUUUAUCGCAUGUAAAUCUGUUUUGUUAACGAAAUAAUCACCAAUCCCAUAUUAAAAAGAUAUUUAAAAGUCUAAAAAAUCUAAAAAACAUAAGAAAUAUGUAUUCACUUUUAUACGGCGAUAUUUCUCUUAGCGUUAUACAAUUUUGCCAGCUUCCUCUGAAAUAAGAAACAC